AUGUGGAAAGCUGUGGUACUGGCUGUGUGUCUGCUGGUGGCCGGGGUUCAGCCCAUGGACAACCCAACAUAUGGGGUGAAGCUGUGCGGCCGUGAGUUCAUCCGGGCAGUCAUCUUCACCUGUGGAGGCUCACGAUGGAAACGGUCACUCAGGAGUGCAGCAGAUGUGUCAGAGGACCCAUUCAGCUCCCGUCAGGAGGACUCCUCGGAGGGCUUGAGUCACAAUCCUGUGGUAGAGAGUCUCCUUCAAAGGAACGGAGAUCUGAGCUUCACAAUGAGAGACAACAAUGAGGCAGCGUUUAGCAGGCCGGCCCGUUCUUUCAUCACUGAGGAAAUCCUGGAAGCCCUACGCAAGGCUGACCGCAAGGGCCGGGAUGUAGUGGUGGGCCUGUCUAACGCCUGCUGCAAGUGGGGCUGCAGCAAGAGCGAGAUCAGCUCCCUUUGCUGAGAGUCAGCCUUCGCCAUUUGAGUCAAUACACCGGCAUACAUACUGUAUACACGAGUACACAAGCAGACACAAACGGAUGCACAUCCACUUCUCUUUCGUUUCACUUCCCAUUACCUUUAGAUCAUUUUAUAUGCAGUGUCUUUGAUUUAAACCGUUCUGUAAACUGUUCCUGUCUUUUAGUAUCUAUGAAGUGUAUGGAAAGGGCUGCCAUGUGUCAAGAAAUGUUUAUACAUACUUCUUCUAGGCUUUGUAAUGAACAGCCUUAAUUAGUCUUGAACAAGCUGUUUUGUCCUUCCCAACCACUUUCACACACAUUAUAACAAACCUGUAUGUUAUCAUGACCAGCUGAAUUGUGUGUCUGACAAUUCAAGGGAAAUGAAUGCUUUGUUAAACUCAUUUGACAACAGCUGCAUAAAAAGUCACUCACGUCUAAUCUUGUUUGUAAUUAGAAGUAUAUUGUUGGUAUUUUGCAUUUGUUUCACAGCACACAGAGCACUAUGAGGUUCAG